AUUAUUUAACAUCAGCUGUCAUCUGAAAAUUUAGGAUUUUCUCGGCCUUGUGUAGAUAAAUCAGGAUGGCAGUGAGAUUAUUCUCUAAGUUAAGAGUUCUUCCGGAGAUCAAGGCUGCAUAUUCCAGUUCAGCGGCUGCAGCAGCCCCUGCUCAGCUCUCCGACUUCGACGUUCAGCAUAAAACACCAGUUAUCAGGAAACAGAAGUUAAUUCCCAAAGCCCAGUAUGGUGGAAGGCACGCAGUCACAAUGCUACCUGGCGGUGGUAUUGGUCCAGAAUGUAUGGGUUACGUGAGAGACAUAUUUAAAUAUAUUGGUGCUCCUGUUGACUUUGAAAUUGUAGAUAUUGACCCCACAGUAGAUAAUGAUGAUGAUGUGUUAUAUGCUAUCACUACAAUUAAAAGGAAUGGUGUUGGACUAAAGGGUAACAUUGAAACCAAGAGCGAGGCAGCAUAUGUUACGUCCCGUAAUGUGGCACUUCGUAAUGAACUCGACAUGUAUGCUUACGUGCUGAACUGUAAAUCUUUCCCAGGUGUUGAAACAAGGCACAAGGAUAUUGAUGUUGUUAUCAUCAGACAGAACACAGAAGGAGAAUAUGCUAUGUUGGAACAUGAGAGUGUGCACGGAGUGAUUGAGUCCAUGAAGGUUGUGACCGCAAGCAACUCUGAGAGAGUAGCCAGGUUCGCAUUUGAGUUCGCCAGGAAAAACGGCAGGAAGAAGGUGACAACAGUACACAAGGCGAAUAUCAUGAAAUUAUCGGACGGUUUGUUCUUAGAAACCUCAAAGCGCUUGGCUAAAGAAUAUCCAGAUAUUGAGCACAAUGACAUGAUCAUUGAUAACUGUUGCAUGCAGCUGGUGGCGAAGCCUCACCAGUUCGACGUGAUGUUGAUGACGAACCUGUACGGGUCGAUAGUGUCGAACGUUGUGUGCGGUCUGCUCGGCGGCGCGGGAUUACUGUCCGGCAGAAAUUACGGAGAUCAUUACGCGGUAUUCGAACCCGGCACCAGGAACACAGGCACUGCGAUCGCCGGCAAGAACGUCGCCAAUCCCAUAGCCAUGAUAAAUGCGUCCAUAGACAUGCUGGAACAUCUCGGCCAUCACUUCCACGCUGAUCUUUUAAGACGCGCCGUACACAAGACUAUUAACGUCGAUCGUAUAAUGACGCCUGACGUUGGAGGCACCGCUUCUUCCACGGAUGUUGUCAACGCCAUCAUAGGUAACAUCGGAUUAAACCAUUAACAACUAUUCAGGAAAAAACACUGUUUUUUUGCUGUACAACAACACCAUGAUGAAUUACCAAACUUACUUAUGAAAAAUGAAAAAAGUAUAGAAAUAACUGAGGUCGCAUUUCGGCAUUUUAAGCAAUUUGGAAUAGGUAUUGCCAUCUGUUAU